GCAGUCCCUGCCCGCAGGCGUGGGGCAGCAGGAGCCGUGGCAUGCUCAGGAGAGCGGUGCCCUCUCUGUGCCACUUCUCACUGCGGACAAAGAACAGCACUGCAGGGAGCUCCCACCCCAGCCAGGCAAAGAUGUCCAGGGCAGUGCAAGCUCGAAGGCUGGAGGGCAUAGAUAAGAACAUCUGGGUGGAGUUUGUAAAGCUGGCUGCCACCUACUCCAAGGUGAACCUGGGCCAGGGCUUCCCUGACUUCCCCCCCCCAGACUUCCUGAAGGAGGCCUUCGUGAGAGCGCUGAGUGGGGAGGACCAGAUGCUGCACCAGUACACCCGAGCCUUCGGGCACCCACCUCUGGUGAAGGUCCUAGCCCAGUUUUUUGGGAAGCUGCUGGGACGAGAGCUGGACCCCAUGACCGAUGUGAUGGUGACCGUGGGAGCCUACCAGGCCCUGUUCUGCUGCUUCCAGGCUUUCGUGGAGGAAGGGGAUGAGGUGGUCAUCAUCGAGCCCUUCUUCGACUGCUAUGAGCCCAUGGUGAGGAUGGCUGGGGGCACCCCCGUGUUCGUCCCACUCCGGCCGGCUGCUCCAGAGGCUGGCAGGUUGAUGUCCAGUGCGGACUGGCAGCUGGACCCGGCCGAGCUGGCUUCGAAGUUCAGCAGUCGGACGAAAGCCAUCGUCCUGAACUCGCCCAACAACCCUCUGGGCAAGGUGUUCGGGCGCAGCGAGCUGGAGCUGGUGGCUGCGCUGUGCGAGCGGCACGGAGCGCUGUGCAUCAGCGAUGAGGUCUACGAGUGGUUGGUGUACGACGGCCGGCAGCACCUCCGCAUCGCCAGCCUGCCGGGGAUGUGGGAGCGCACGGUGACCGUCGGCAGCUCCGGGAAAACCUUCAGCGUCACUGGCUGGAAGGUGGGCUGGGCGCUGGGCCCCGACCGGCUGCUGCGGCACCUCCGCACCGUGCACCAGAACUCUGUGUACCACUGCGCCACGGCCGCGCAGGAGGCUGUGGCUCAGGGUUUCCAGAGGGAGCUUGAGCUCUACGGGAAGGCAGAGAGCUACUUUGUGCAGCUGCCCAGGGAGCUGCAGCAGAAGAGGGACUGGCUGGUGCAGAGCCUGGCUGCGGUGGGCAUGAAGCCCAUCGUGCCCGAGGGCACCUACUUCUUGGUGGCAGACAUCUCCCAGUUCAAGUCUGAUGUCCCUGAGGACCCCAGCUCCGAGGAGCCCUACGACUCCAGGUUUGCCAAGUGGAUGGUCAAGAACAAGGGCCUUGCUGCCAUCCCACUCUCAGCUUUCUUCUGUGAUGCCCACAAGGGCAGCUACAGCCACUUCCUGCGCUUCUGCUUCGCCAAGGAGGAAGCCACUCUGAAGGCAGCAAACAACAUACUGCAAGCAUGGAAGCAGGAGAAGAGCACCCGGCCUUUGGCUCACGUGACGCCAGCCCCCGCCCCCAUUGGGCGGACGCCGUCGCCCUCCGACCAAUCAGCACAGCGAAGGGAGAGGCCGCGUGGUGCAGUCGCAAGAUGGCGGAGGGCGGCGCGGGCAAGCGGCGCAAGGAGGUGCAGGUGGGCGCGGGGGGCCGCGGCCGUUGCCCCGGUACCGGGAGCGGUCCCUGAGUGGAGCCCGGCGGUAACAGCUGUCUGCCUCCCGCAGGCUUUGGAGGGGAAGGCGGAGUGGCGGCGCUGGAGUCAGGAGAGGAAAGCGGAGAAGAAAAAAUGGAGGGAAAAGAAAUUGCUGAAGAAGCUGGAAAAGCAGCGGAUGCGGGAGCUGGCCGAGAAGGCAGCGGAGAAACCCGCGGAGAAGCAGGAGAAGGAUAAAGGUGCCCCCCGUCCAACGCUGAGCGUGGCCCUGCCGGGCUCCAUCCUGAACAAUGCCCAGUCCCUGGAGCUCCGCACCUACCUGGCCGGGCAGAUCGCCCGGGCCUGUGCCAUCUUCAGCGUGGAUGAGGUCGUGGUGUUCGACGAGGACGGAGAGGGGGCGAAGACGGUGGAAGGGGACUUCAGAGGCAUUGGGAGGAAAGGCAAGGCCUGCGUGCAGCUGGCUCGGAUCCUGCAGUACCUGGAGUGCCCUCAGUACUUGAGGAAAUCCUUCUUUCCCAAGCAUGAGGAUCUGCAGUUUGCAGGGCUCCUCAACCCCCUGGACACCCCCCACCACAUGCGGCUGGAGGAGGAGUCCCUGUACCGGGAGGGAGUGGUGCUGGACAGGCCAAGCAAGUCGGAGAGAGGCUCCUUUGUGAACUGUGGGAUGAGGAAGGAGGUGCAGAUCGACAGGCAGCUGAGCCCUGGCCUGCGAGUCACCGUGCAGCUGGAGCCUGAGCAGCCAGAAUGCAGAGUGAGGAAGGGCUCCGUGGUGUCCUCGCAGCGGCCCCGGGCAGCCUCGGGGCUCUACUGGGGCUACAGCGUCCGCCUGGCCUCCUGCCUGAGUGCUGUCUUCUCAGAAUGCCCCUUCAAGGAGGGCUACGACCUCUCCAUUGGCACCUCGGAGCGGGGCAGCCCUGUGGACCAGGCCACUCUGCCCUCCUUCAGGCAUGCCCUCGUUGUCUUCGGCGGCCUCGAGGGCCUGGAAGCUGGGGUUGAUGUGGACCCAAACCUGCAGGUCACUGACCCCAGCCUCCUCUUUGACUGCUACCUGAACACUUGUCCCGGCCAGGGCAGCAGAACCAUCCGGACAGAGGAGGCCCUGCUGAUCUCCCUGUCUGCACUGAGACCACACCUCGAGGAGGCUGUGAGGACGCCCAGGGACAGCUGAGGGAAGGACCUCAAUGACCUGGCAGUGGCUGCUGCCACCCCCAGUGCUGGGCAAGUCACCAAGACACAGCAGGGGCUGGCUGCUGUCGGCAGCAGUUCUGCCCCCUCCUGCCUGCUGGUCCGGCCAAGGGCUGGGCACUGUCCCUUGGCAGCUGGGACAUCUGGGGUGGGCAAUAAAGCAGAGUGGAA